GGCAGAAUUUCUUCCUACUUAAACGAGACAGACAAACAUAUGACUUUCAGUUCAGUGUUGAGAUUGUUGCUGUCUCCAUGGUUAAUGGAGAAUUCGCAGGUGCAAUAAUGGAGAAUUUAGGCAGCUCAAAUUGCCAAGAGAGAGGUAGCGAAUUGGACGAUGUUGUUGAAAUUCAUGAAGGAGAAAAGGAGGACAAUACAGUAGAUCCAAUUUUGGAUAAAGUUACGACGAGGUAUGCGAAGUUUCUUGUCAAGUAUCCAUAUGUUAACAUUAUUGUUGUUCUGCUGAUGUUUAUUUGGGCUGCGGUCAUUGGCUUUGUUCCACAACUAGGAGCUCAAGACCUUCCGAACUUCUCACAGCCAACAAAGGGAUUCGAGCCCCGAGACACUGUCUUGAGUAAUAACAAGAACGCUUAUGACAAUCUGAAGAAAGCUUAUGAUGCGAAAAUACUUUUUAGCAGUCCACAAAAAAACACUGGAGGCAGACGCAAAAGGAGCCCACCCUCAGUACCACUGCAAAAUCUUGAAAAUUCCUGUAUCUAUUUAACGAACAUUGUCGGUGAUGUGGAGGGAAACAAAAUAAUCUACGAGGAGAAAACAAAUGGCGAUCUUUUUGAUGCAAAUAAGCUGAAAAGCCUUUGUCAACUGCAGAAUCAGAUAAUGCGAUCCAAUGAGUUUUUUAAAAGCAACGUUGCAAGGGGUAUUCAGAAUUUACCUUGCCCUAGCCACAGCAUAGCCAAUUACGCAGCUGCAUUGGCUAAUCGGACAUCCUGCAUGCACCUUACCCAGAGUGACGUUAAUCGAUUCAAGUUACGACUUAUGCAUUGCUCAAGUAGCUACAAAGAUGGUCUACUCGAAAGCUGUUUAAAUGAUCCUACUUUUUGCAGCCGUUUGCCCCACAAUUGCUCAAAACAUACUCGCAUUUUAUUUAAUUCUUUUAAAUAUCUCACAGAUUCUACGUUUGCCAGUGAACCAACUAGAUUGAAACUGACCCUUGUUAGUGAAAGGCUCUAUUCACCAUUUGAUAACACUUUGUAUAAGUCGGUGUAUGAAGCCAACUUGAAAAACCUGGAUGAAAGAACUGAAGGCCAAGUGCAAGUUGCUGCCUUUGAAUUUUAUAAUCUGAAAUUCCAAAUCUUCGAGAAAAAGUUAUUUGUAGAAGGUGCCUUGCUAUCUAGCGCAAUCUUAAUAGUUUUCAUCCUCAUAAUUUUGUAUUCAGGCUCGGUGUUUAUCGGUUUGAUGACUUUUUUUUGCAUUGUAAUUGCAGCUGUUCUCGCCUACUUUUUUUAUGGUAUCGUAUUUAGGCUCUCUUUCUUUCCUUUCCUGAAUGUUUUGACUCUCGUUUUUCUCGUGGGUAUUGGUGCUGAUGAUGCAUUUGUUUACAUGGGCGCAUGGAGUGAAGCUAAGGCCGCCAUGCCGUACAAAAGCGAUGAAUCUUUUGACGAUGCAAUGAUCAGGUGGACAGCCUACUCCAUAAAGCAUGCAUUGGUGGCUAUGUUUGUGACGAGUUUUACAACAGCUGCAGCUUUCUUCGCUGGCUCCUCUUCAAGCAUAAUCGCCAUUCGGUGUUUUGGUAUCUAUGCUGGCACCAGUAUAUUAAUGAACUACUUCAUGAUGGUUGCUUGGUUUCCAGUUGCCGUGGUAAUCAGCGAGAAACAUUUGAGUCGAUGUAUGAACAGGAUAGCCCCUUCUUGGUUUUCGUACCCACCAGGCGAACCAACGUCGAAUGUGUCAGGCAGCUCAUGUUCAAAAAUUAAAUCAUUUGCUGCACGAAUUUCGCAGGACAUAUUCAGCAAGGUUCUCCCGGCAGUAGUGAUGCAUCUUCGUUACUUUCUCGUUAUUUUUUUUGCUGUUCUUGGUGUCGGAGGACUGCUGGUUCUUUUUGUGUCUCCUAAACUCAGACUUCCAAUAACUAAAGAUUUCCAAAUGUUUUCAGACAGCAGUUCCAUAGAGCAAUUCCCCUUGCAUUACAAAUCGAAAUUCAAUGUUGAAUCCUUCAACAUGCCAAUUUUUUUCAUUUUUGGAGUAAAUAAUGGCAACACGGCUAGUACCACCAACCCAGAUGACUUUGGAUAUUUGAAGUUGCAGGAAAAGUUCACUGUUACUUCUCCAGAAGAGCAGUUGUGGUUGAAGCAUUUUUGUAAGACACUGCAGAACUCCUCUUUUGUAUCUGGAAAUGUAGCGGCAUGUUCUGACAUACUCACGAUGCUGGAAGCACUGACAAUACCAUGUAACGCAAGCACAAACGCCAUUUCUUGUUGUGGGCACACUCUUCCUGUUACACAAGAAACAGCAGAGUUGUGUAUCCGUUCUUAUUUCAACUCAAGCAAACACCCUUCCCGGUCUCGUGGUUUCAACGGCUUUCUGUUUAACAGGGACGGUCAUAUUCGCGCCAUCUUGAUAGUGGCUGGGUCUCGCUACCAAUUUACGGAAGCUUUUGACACGGCCAACGACUUCUAUAAUGAAAUUAAAGCGUGGUUCGAUUCAAUGAAAGCCAACGCUCCAGAAAGUUUUCGUUCAUGUUUUUGGCACUCCUACCUGGACUUCUACGACCUGCAAAAAGGCCUUGCAGCUGGAACACCAGUAUCUUUAGGGAUUUCGGUUCUCAUUGCAUUUUGUGUUGUUCUUUUAACAACGUGCAACAUUUUGCUCAGUAUAUACACGGUAGUCUCAAUACUUUUUGUUAUAAGUGUCACUGUUGGUACUUUAGUUUUAGCGGGUUGGAGGCUAAACAUCAUGGAGUCGAUAAUUUUUUCAGUUGCUGCUGGCCUAGCUGUCGAUUUCACAUUGCAUUAUGGGGUUGCAUAUCGCACUGCUGUGGACAAAACGUGCCGAAUCAACAGGGUUCGGUAUUCAUUUACACAUAUCGGGGCUGCAGUCACUAUGGGCGCCAUUACAACAUUCAUAAGUGGCCUUGUCAUGGCACCCUCCUCUGUCCUGGUAUAUAUUCAGUUAAGCCAUUUCCUUAUGGCCCUGAUGACGUUCAGUUGGCUCUACGCAACGUUUUUCUUCAUGCCUCUUUGCAGCAUUAUUGGACCAGUUAACGACUUUUGCCAACUCAAUUUAUGUAGCCUGCUAUCCAAUAAAGGCCAGAAAUCGGUAGCGCAGUCAAAAGACAUGGUUGGUAAGCAGCAAGAAAUGGAAAAUGUCAGUGAGACAGUGACCUAAUACAUUAUGGAGUCUCGUGUUCAAAGGUGUCACACUCAGCGGACGUAAUGUAGUCUGGCUGGCCGGGCAGUUGAAUUGUAUCCCUGAGUGGUGUUCUUGCCAUACGUAUGCGCGGUUGGUAUUUUGUUUCACCAGAUCGUUUGUUCUUUAUUUUUGGUUUAUUUACGUACUGAACCGUACUGAAUUACAGGAACCUUGGUCUGAAAUGAACUUUGAGAUAUUUAUGGAGCACCUCCUGAAUCAACGGUGAACCAUAUAAAUGGCAUAGAGGGACCAAAAUUAUUUAAAAGGUUGUAUAGAGUCUUGGUUGUCUCUCUUCGCACGCAACAUACAUUUCGCGAGCAGAGUAUUGCACAGCCUGAAACAAAUAUUGACGUCACUGCUGCACAAUUCUUUAGCGAGCCAAAUUUCAAAUAGCUACAGCAAGUUAAGUUGCUAAAAAUGUCCUUUUCCACAAAAUAUGAAGCCAAUAAUGAUCAUCCUGGUUGGCCAAGACUUAUGCGUUAACCUGUCAAUGUUUUUCUUAUUCUGCCAUGUCUCCUUUAACAUUACCUGUUCUAAACUUUUAGCAAGUCUCGCAGAAAUUUGAAAGCUUCAAACUGUCCUAUAAAAUGUAAAAAUGUUUACUUUUUAAAAUGUUUCUUUCGUCAGAUUUUAGAUUACAAUAAUUUCCAGUAGUUUGAAGUUCUGUUUGAUUGGAUUUUUAAUAUAGAACGAAGCCUUAUGACGUCACAAAAGUGGUUUAAAUAUUGAAGGCCAUGUUGUUUGCAAUGCUUUCGCCGCUGCUCAUUUGUCAAACAUGUGCAACACUUGCUCAAAAAGUGAAUACCCCUUGUCAGCUGAGCUCACAAUUCUCUGCAAAACAGAUUUAGAAGUUCCUAUAAAUUGAUGUUAGAUUUCGAUUAAGUUUUCAUAUUAUAUCUGGCCAUUGAGCCAAUUCAGAUUUUUGGUUAUAUCUCUUGACACUUCACCUAAAAUAACGUUGAACCCGGUUUUCUUGUCAUUUUCAAAGCAUAUAUUUCGGUUCUGACGUAAAAAAUACAAAGAUUCAGUAAAUGUAGCAGUCCCCGAAAUUUGAUAUGCAUAUGCACCGCAUGUUUUUAUCUUACCUGACAAUAUGGCAGUACUUGAUAACCCUGUUAAAGCCAUGAUGAGCUAAUAGUAUAAACUUACACUAAAAAUGUAAAUAAAACAAGUUUCAUAGUGUAUAAGCAUACUGAGUUAGAAGAUAUCUUUUACAUAUAAAUAACGACUGUUUAGAAAUAAAUAUAGAUAGUGCAGAAA